CAUAUCCACGCAGAAACAAGCACACACGACCAACAUCGGCUGAAAAUCCAGACUCUUGAAGCUAGACGCCUCACAAGCUUAGUUCAAUUCUUCGACAUAUAUAACAAUGAGCCGCUCAUACCCCGGCGAGCAGGUAGAGCACGCCUUUAACUCAAAGAGGCUGAAGAACUGGGAAGUACCGGCUGUGGACAAGAGCCAGGCCAUCAGCACCUCCACAGGCACGCGCUUUGGCACGCUACAGCCGCGCAGCGGUCGCACCCAGUUCAUUGUGGACGACAACGGGCACCUGAAGAGUGGCGUGCCCAAGCUGGAGAAGAGCGCCUUCAACUUCACACAGACGACGCCCGUGUUCAUGGACUCGGCGCCACGCUGGCCCAAGGAGAACCCCACAUGGCCCAAGAACAUGAAGGCAACCAUGGGCUACAAGGGCAUCCAGAGCAACUACCUGCCCACCAACACCGUCACGCUCAAGGCGGUGGAGGUGCCCGGCACCACCGAGCGCAACUUCAACUUCAUGUAAAUUGAAAUGUAAUGCGAAUGGCGGGAAAGCGACUCGUAAGGCUACUGUCGUGUCAUCGCAAAUGCUAAGCGGAUCGAGCUGUGCUGGACUGCUGGCCCAAAGGCACGGAGCAGGAGGAGCAACAGCAGGAGGAGCGGUAGUAUGGAGAAAUGAGUGUAGUAGAUAGACGGCACAGCACGGCAGGACACGGCAGGAUAUUGAUACAUUGUGGUGGGCUGGCGGCGGGAUCAAGGUUGGCAGGACGGCCCGGACCUCUCAGUUGCCAUGGGAAAGGGGUAUGGAGAAGUAGGUCAGUUGUGUUGGCAGUACAUACGUUGUGGUGCUGGCGUGUGCUCCGAUGGCUGGAGCAGGUGUGUGAUGCGAAGUCGGCUGCACUGAACAAGUGCGGCGGAGCUGUGGAGGCAGAGAAUGUAGGACUGUGGUCACGUGAUCCAGGCGGAGUGUGACAAAAUGUGACGGAAUACGACGCGAUGUCAACCCUGGGUCGCACGGAACACGGCGAGGGGCCAGCUGAUGGUGCGCAAGCACGGCCGCAUGCAGCACGCGCACACUGUGACGAGCGCGAUGUAGUCUGAAGGGUUCAGAUGCGGCCAAGUGCCCAGAUCCGCCUGCUGCUUCAAGAAACAUGCAACCAUGUUUGACAGCAC